AUGAACGUCUCAUCCUCCAUCGGAUGCUCCCCGACAGCCGACGACGCCUUCGGCCCCAUCGUGCAGGACUGCCGCGACGGGUUCGACUUUACCCUGACCUUUGAACAAUGCCUUUUCACAAUCCUCCCUGCUUCCCUCCUCUUGCUUGUCGCACCUCUGCGCCUCCGCCACCUCAGCAAGCUCCCCCGUGCCGUGGCCGACGAUGCCCUCCGACUAACCAAGCAGGCUGCCAUCGGCAUCCUCGCUGUGCUACAGCUUGUGCUCGUAGCGCUGUGGGCAACUCACCGUGGUGCGGGACGCCUGCGCACCGUCUCCGUCGCCGCGUCCUGCGCCUCAUUUGCCGCCACCGUCAUGUUUGGUGGUCUCUCGUACAUAGAACACGCGAAGAGCCUUAAGCCUUCGUCCAUCUUGAAUAUAUACAUCUUGGUGUCUUUGGUGCUGGACGGAGCAAUCCUCCGCACCGUAUGGCUGUCGCACUUAAGCGUCGCCAUCGGCGCCGUCUUCUCCGCGUCCUUCGCGCUGAAGGCGGCUGUCAUGAUCCUCGAGGCCCAGGGCAAGACCCGGCACUUCGCCGGCGCCGGUCGGCCGUGCAGCCCCGAGGAAACCAGCGGUGUCUACAGCCGCGGUCUCUUCUGGUGGCUUACGCCCCUGCUGCUGACGGGCUUCCGUCGUCUCCUGAAGCCGUUGGACUUGUUCGUCCUGGACGAGUCCAUGUCGGUUGCCGUGUUGAACGAGAGGUUCUGGCUCUACUGGAACAGGUCGUCGUCCCCGGCGGCCAACCAGUCUGACGGAUCGCCUCCUUCACAUCGUCACCGGCUCAUCGGGGUCUGCGUCAGCACGCUGAAGUGGCAGUUGCUGGCAGUCGUCCUGCCGAGGGUCUUUCUGCUGGGCUUCACCAUCUGCCAGCCCUUGAUCCUGAACCGUUUCCUCGAGUUCCUGCAGAAUCCCUCCGAGGACGUCAAUUAUGGCUACGGUCUCAUCGGCGCAUACGGUCUCGUCUACCUUGGAAUUUCCAUCUCGUCGAGUUUCUACUGGCACAAGGCCUUUCGGUCCCUGUCUAUGCUCAGGGGUAUCUUGGUGGCUGCCAUUUACUCCAAGACGACAGAGCUGCGAGUUGCACCCGGAGAUGACUCCGCGGCGGUCGAAGCCAUCAUCCGCGCAUGGCGCGAGGUUCACGAGUUCUGGGCCAACAUCAUCCAAAUCGCACUUGCAACAUGGCUUCUCAGCACACACAUUGGCUACGCAGCUUGUGGCCCGAUCAUAGUCUCCGUCGUCGCUUUGCUUGCCACCAUCUUCAUUGCUCCCGCCGCCCAAAAGUACCAGCUGGUCUGGGUCGAGAAAGUCCAAAAGCGCAUCGGCAUCACCUCGGCCAUGAUUGGUCACAUCAAAAGCAUCAAGAUGUCGGGUCUGACGCAGAAGCUCUCUCGAACCUUGGCGGACCUUCGGCUUGCAGAGAUGAAGGCUGCGACCCCCUUCCGCGUCAUUGGCGCCGUCACUUCAGCCAUCGCGCAGGUGCCCCUGAUGCUCUCGCCGGUGGUCGCAUUUGCCAUGUACACUACAAUCGCCUCCGAGACCGGGCAAGCUCUUGAUGCCACCACAUUAUUUGCUGCUUUAUCCCUGGUCAUCCUGCUCGCGAGCCCCCUUUUCUGGAUGUUCGAGGUCGUCCUCGACAUGAGUGCGGCUCUUGCAUGCUUCCAUCGUAUCGAAAAAUAUCUGUCCGCGCCGCCUCGCAUCGAGUAUCGGUCUUUUACUUCAAACUUACAGUCUAGCGCACAAUCCAUGGAAACGGAUGAAUCUUCUCAAGAUGCCCAACUUCAAAAUUUGAAGCAUUCAGAACUCGUCUUAGGAAAGAAGCCAAGAGGAGCGGCGACUGUUAUCAUGAACACUGUGUCACUCAGCUGGAAACCAGAUUCCGGCCCUAUUCUGGAGAGUCUGGACUUUGAGGUUCAAGACGGUCAGCUAGUGAUGCUCGUGGGGCCAGUUGCAUCCGGGAAAAGCACCCUCCUGCAGGGUCUCCUCGGCGAGUUACCUCACGUUACUGGAACGAUUGAGCUUUCUAGUCACCGUGUUUCCUGGUGCGGGCAGAGCCCCUGGCUCACCAAUGAGACUAUUCGAAAGAACAUCAUUUGUUUCUCCGAAUUCGACGCACAUCUCUAUCGGCAGGUUCUGACGGCCUGCGACCUUGAAAAGGACCUCGCCCAACUCCCGGAAGGGGACCAGACAGUCAUCGGUAGUAAGGGCCUCGCGUUGAGCGGCGGCCAAAAGCAGCGCGUUGCUCUUGCUAGAGCUGUCUACUCGCGGCCACGGAUCGCCUUGUUUGACGACAUCUUUAGCGGAUUGGACAAUAAAACUGCUGAUGCUGUGUUUCAGCGCGUGUUCAGUGCCGAACGAGGCAUCCUCAGAGCUUGGGGAACAUCAAUUGUCCUAGCCAUCCAGUCAGUGAGCUUUCUGUCGAGGGCCGACAUGAUCAUCACCCUUCAAGGUGGCAAAAUUGCCGAAAUGGGAAGCUUCGACGACUGUCAAAAUACAGAAGGCUAUGUCAGCAGUCUCAUCGCAUCCGAAUCCCACGACAAUGGCAAAGACGGAGAAGACAUCGUUCGUAGAGAGACAACCGCCGAUGAAACUACUUGUCUAGUUCCGGCCAAGAAGAAGACCAAGGCCGUGCCGGAGGGAGAGGAUGAGCGGCGGCAGCUGGGCGACUGGAGCGUAUAUGGCUACUACUUCGGCACCAUCGGUGCCCUCCUCGUCGUCGUCAUGCUCUUCCUACAGAUGACCUGGGCGUUCUUUUCGACAUUCCCGACUGUCUGGCUGAACUUCUGGACGGACGCCAACGCCGAGGCUCCAGGUCAACGCGAUGCCUACUACCUCGGCGUCUACGCCGCUUUCCAGAUCGGAGGUGUCUUAAGCUUUGGCGUUCUCAUUUGGUUUGUGCUUGUUCCGAUCGCAGCAAGGUCGGGAAUCAACCUGCAUCAAAAUCUUCUAAAAGCUGUCAUGCAUGCUCCGCUGUCCCUCUUCACGAGCACAGACAUCGGGUCCCUUACAACUCGCUUUUCUCAAGACAUAGGCCUCAUCGACCGGAGCUUGCCCUUGGCAUUGGUGGUAUCCCUUGCAAGCUUCUUCACCUGCAUCGGGAAGGCUUUCCUGAUAGCAUCGGCGUCAUGGUACAUUGCCAUCAGCUUCCCCGUCCUGAUCCUCGUCUUCUACUAUAUCCAGCGCGCCUAUCUCCGCACGUCCCGCCAACUCCGUCUCCUGGACCUUGAAGAGAAAGCCCCGGUCUACACGCACUUCCUCGAAACCCUCUCGGGCCUUCCGACCCUGCGUGUCCACUCCCUUACCAGCCCCUCCAUAGCCCACUCCCACACCCUCAUCGACCGUUCCCAACGGCCCUUCUACAACCUUCUGCUUACCCAGCAAUGGCUGACUCUCGUCCUCGAUCUCACGACUACCGCCCUCGCCAUCCUGGUCGUCGGUCUCGCCGUCCGCCUGCGCGCCACGGUGUCCGUCGGCCUCACGGGCGUCUCCCUCGUUCAGCUCAUCUCCUUCACCGAGACUCUCAAGCUGCUGAUCCAGUUCUGGACCUCUCUCGAAACCUCCAUCGGUGCCGUGGCGCGCAUCAAGAACUUCUCCGAGAAGACCACGGACGAGGUCGAGGACGAUGCCCUGAGGAGGUCGGCGCUGAUGACGACAACCCCCGAGGGAUGUGGCCCGGUGGCGGAGACGGACGUGAACGGCUGGCCUGGCAGUGGUGCCAUAGAACUCCGUGACGUUUCCGCCUCAUAUGACGUGGCGGGCCAGAGCGACGGCGAACAAUCCGCCGCGACGAAGGCCUUGGACGGGGUCUCUCUCUCCAUUCGCCCCGGCGAGAAGAUCGGCAUCGUGGGCCGCACGGGAAGCGGCAAGUCCUCCCUCCUCCUUGCCCUCCUCCGUCUCUUGCCGCUGUCCUCCGGCACCAUCUCGAUCGACGGGGUGCCUCUGCACUCCCUCCCGCUGCUGCCCCUGCGGUCGGCCCUCAUCGCCAUCACCCAGGACCAGUUCGUACUCCCCGGCACGGUGCGCCAGAACCUUGACCCCGUCGGCGUCGUCGUCGUCGGCGGAGACGACGCCGUCAUGGAGUCGACCCUCGCGCACCUCGGGCUCUGGGAGACGAUCCGCGAGAAUGGCGGCCUGGACGCCGAGUUCUCCGAAGAGGCACUGAGCCAUGGACAGAGACAACUCUUCUUCCUUGCUAGGGCCAUCCUGAGAAAGGACGUCGGGCGUGUGGUCCUCCUGGACGAGGCGACGAGCAGUGUUGACACCCACACCGAGAAGACAGUCAAGGACCUCAUCCGCGGGGAGUUCAAGCAUCACACCGUCCUCGCCAUCGCCCAUCGCCUGGACACGGUCGCCGACUUUGACCGCGUCGUGGUGCUGGACAAGGGCCGCGUUGUCGAGGUCGGGAGUCCCCGGGACCUCUUGCGACAGGCCGGUGGAAGGUUCAGGGAGCUCUGGGACGCGAGCAAGCAGGGCGGGAGACGCGACGCUUAG